GAACAGCCUUAGGUUCUACCAUCUGUACUCUCAGAAAUGCUAUCAUUCUUAGCUUCUUUCUAAGACAAAAUGCUUUCUGAGUCUAUGAGAUGCUGAAUGCAGACAGAGCUGGAGCCUGGAGGCUGAGAACUGUCUAUUCUUCUGCUGGGAGGAUCCACCCAGUGAAUGCGGCAUGGUUUCGGAAGGAGUUGUAAGCUGGUGAGGAUGUGUCUAGAAGUUUCCAAGGAAAUGCUAUUCAUGAUCUUCCAGAAAAGACAUGGGAAUCAUAUCAUUGGGCCGAGAAACUAAAUCUCAGCCAAAACUACAUCACUGAACUACGUAAGAAUUCAUUUGAAGGCCUGUCGUCCCUCCGAUAUUUAGAUGUAUCCUGCAAUAAAAUACAAUCUAUUGAAAGACGCACAUUUGAACCAUUAAUGUUUUUGAAGUUCAUAAAUCUUCGUUGCAAUUUACUAAUAGAACUGGAUUUUGGAACAUUUCAAACAUGGCAUGGAAUGCAGUUUUUACACCACAUAAUUCUCAAUCAUAAUCCUCUGUCAGCCAUUGAGGAUUCAUCUCUUUUUCAAUUACCAGGAUUAAAAUAUUUAGACUUGGGACAAACACAUUUCCCACUUAUAUCGCUUGAGAAUAUAAUCACAAUGGCUCUAGGACUGAAAACACUAAUCUUACCGAGCAAUAUGGUCUGCUGCCUCUGCCAGUUUAAAAAUGAUAUUGAGGUUGUCGGGAAGACUGUCAAGCUGCAUUGUGACAGAACAUGUGUGGUUAACACGACUCUGUGUGUGGGACAAGCCACCAUAGGGAACCUUGAAGAAGCCUUGAUGAAGGGGUUACAAGCCCGAAACAUGAACACCAACACUAUGCUCACUAUCAAGCCAGAAAAGGCAUCUGCAAAAAAGAGCGGUUUGCACUUGUCAGGCCUUGUGAAAAAGCAGCUAGACACUAAUGAUGAAAAUGAUAUUACUCACACAGCUAGUUUCACACUGCCAUACUUCCUAGAGGGAAAUCUAGAAGACAUAGAGAAAACAAUAUUACCAUUCAUUCAUCUCCUUUUUUCAAAUACACAAAAUGGAAAUAAUCCCUUGGCUUAUUUGGAAAACAGUACGAGAAACUCCUCUGCUCAACUUGCAUCUGGCAAUUUGAGUCUCAAAGAUAAACUGAAGACGUUACAGUUUCUCCAAAAGUUGUUAAAUGCAAAAAUUCAGGAAAUAUUAGAUGACACAAAAAAGAAAGAGAAAACUGCCACGCUUAUGCCAUCUAGGACUUUAGAUCCCCAAUUCAGACACCAAAUUUUUGCAAACAAACUGGAAAGUCCUGAAACACAGGAAAACAGCCUGGCAGAGGUGGAGGGUGAAAGGAAAAUGUUUCCAAGCUCGAAGACCCUUCUCAAGGAGCUGAAGCAUCCACAGCAAAGUGUUUUCAAGGAAGAAAGGAAACAGAAAGCCGGGGUUAAGGGGGCUACCCAGCCAUUCUUAGAAGAUGUCACCAAAGAGGGAAGCCUAAGGAGAUCCAUCCCACAGGAGGUGGGGCAGCAUCAGAGGAUGCCAAGACCCAGGAAGUUCGUGGAAAACUCUUUGCGCAUAGAGCCCUCCUUCACAGACGAACAAAAAGUAACAGCUUCUUCUUUCCUAAAACAUCCCUCCAUGGACAGAUCUCCUUCUUCCAUCCCUGCCAAAGCCCUGCCCAAGGUGAGAAAGAGAACAAAUGUUUUCAACUACAUUUUGGAUUUACAAAAUGCAAAUGCUAGAGUUAAAACCACAGAGGGUACAAAACCAGUCUUACAUCCUGGAAACCCUCACCACUUUCCCAAAACUCAUUCUCUCGUGGUCCGGGGAACACGCGAGGUCAAGCUGAGUGACAAGUUGAGAAAGAAAAACACACGCAGUAAACUACCACUUGUAAAGAGGCCUCAAUUCUCAGCAGUGAGGACUCUCAUCAGUUUCCCAUCAGGACGAUUCUUCUCAUCUUCAGGAGAGCCCAGUUUUCAGGAGACUCCUGUUUCAGAAUUAUAUGCUCCUUCAGAACUUUCUGUAGAAAGCACCCCUGUAGAAAACCAUACUGCAGCAGAUACUUCCAAAGGAGCAGAUUUUGCAUUAGGCAUUAGUGUGCCAGAAGAAACUAUCUCCAAAGAUACAACUCACAAGAAUCAUUCUGCUGCAUACUCUGCCGUGACUGCAUUCAACCUAAUACCAGCUGUGAACCACUCAACAAAGGCACUUUGGGAACACCCCAACAUGGGCACUGACUCACCGCUCAAAGACUUCACCUCCCUGUCGCUAUCAUCCUCACGUGAUCAGUUUGAGAUUUACGUAAAUCAGCAACUCUGGUCCCUCAUCCCCAAUAAUGACAUCAGAAGGCUGAUUUCUCGUGUUAUCAGGAGUUUAAAGAUGGACUGCUCUGAGACCCACGUGCAGGUGGCCUGUGCCAAGCUCAUCUCCAAGACAGGCCUCCUGAUGAAGCUGUUCAGUGAGCAGCAAAAAGCCAAGGUGUCCAAGGCCCAGAGGGAUACAGAGCAUGGGAAAAAUGAGAAUUACAUCAUUGAGAGCGCAGAAGACCAGAAUGAAGAGAAGGAGCAGCAGUCAAGGGAGCUCAAAGUAGAAGUUCCAGGAUACGGCUAUAAGAACAAACUGAUCUUGACAGUAUCUGUGACAGGAGUAGCGAUCAUUUUGUUGAUAAUUUUCUGUCUCAUUGAGAUUUAUUCCCAAAAACGGGCUUCAGAGGAAAAUGAAGAAGAGUCCUCAAGGGGCUUUUCCCAACGUUGGCAUGGGAGAUACAAAAUGGAGCAGGAAAAGGAGAAGGCCGUGAGUGGGGUUGUUUGCCCGCUGUGGCUUAAGGAUAUGUACAGACCUAUCAGUGCCUCACACAUGAAACAAGUGUCGGCCAAGCUGCAUGGGAAGGAUUCCUCUGAUGAGGGUGAGAUUUUCACAAAGCACGCAGGGGAGGUCCACGGAGUCACCACAGAGGCAGCGCCCACAGCGUCGGCCAUCAAGGAUAAGAAAAGGGGGCUCAAGAAGGCGCCCGUGGAGUGACCCUGACUUGCCUCCAGUGACUGGCAAAUCUUUUUUUCACAUUGUUUCGCAUUGUUACAUUAAAAGCUAUAAUAUUCAUAAGCA